GUCACUUCCGUCUCGUGCGGCCCGCGCUUCCGAGGGCUUCCGGCUGCUCGUUUCCAGGGCAACGCGGCGCCCGGGCCCCCUGGACUCGGUGGGACUGGUUAACGUUGAGCGAUGUCAACCCCCCCUCUGGCAGGGGCAGGCAUGCCGCCCGGGGCCUUCGCGGGGACACAGGCUCAAGCUGCUAGGGAGGUAAAUACAGCCUCUCUCUGUCGCAUUGGCCAAGAGACUGUGCAGGACAUUGUGUUUCGAACUAUGGAAAUCUUCCAGUUACUGAGGAACAUGCAGUUACCAAAUGGUGUUACUUACCAUACUGGAACAUAUCAAGACAGACUGGGAAAGCUGCAGGAACAUCUCCGUCAGCUGUCAAUACUCUUUAGAAAACUGAGACUGGUCUAUGACAAAUGUAAUGAAAACUGUGCUGGACUCGAUCCUGUUCCCAUAGAACAACUUAUUCCAUACGUUGAAGAAGAUGGCUCCAAACACGAUGAUCGGGGUGCUGCAAGUCAGCUUCGUUUUGCUAGUGAAGAGAGAAGGGAAAUCAUGGAAGUGAAUAAGAAACUGAAACAGAAGAAUCAGCAGCUGAAGCAGAUCAUGGAUCAGUUACGGAAUCUCAUUUGGGACAUAAAUGCCAUGUUGGCAAUGCGGAACUGAACAAGGAAAGUCAAACUUUGCAGUUGGAAAAGACACACAUUUGUUUGGAUAUACUUAAUUUCUUUCUAAGAAGAAACAUGUUGUUUCCACAACCAUAUUGCACUAAUGUUUGGAAUGUCUUUGAGAUUAAAAUGUUGGGUUUUUUAUAAUAACUUAAAUGGUGUUGGCUUGGGUUUUAGAAAAAAUCUAUCCUACAAGCUUUACCUGAGUGAUUACCUGAAUGUAAUACAGCCUAAGUAACCUACAUCAAUAUAUGGAUUGCUAUGCAAAUGGGAGUUUUUAUAAAUGAAGUAUUUCGGGAAAAUUUUUAUAAUAUAGUUAACACUGUUUAAAAAAAGCUGUAUUUUCAUGCCAUUCUGCAGUGCAAACCACCAGUAUAGAUAGGAAAAGUUGCACUGCAGAAAUGCCACUCUAGUAAGUUACAGGAUCAAAAUAAGUGGUCUACAGGUUACUAUGCCAUAUAAGUUCAUCUUAUUCCAUAUCUUAUCACUGGAUAUAUGUUAUAUUAGGUAAUUGGAGCAAAAUUCAAAAGCUACAUAAAAUUACCUAACUCCUAUUUAAGUGAAGACAACACUUUGCAACAUUAUAUCCACAACAUUAACUUCUUGUGUAAGUGCAUACUGUAAUUUCUUGAGUAUUGCUACAGCAAUUGUAUAGUGUAGUAUCCUUAUAGCAUUAUGUACGGUUGGUAUACUUUGUUUACCAGAAUGAACUGAGUAAACACCUCAUUAAUCUUUUCUGUAUGGCUGCCAGUCCUAGAAAACCUUGGAGUAUAUGAGCAGUUCAUUAUUUUGAAUUAAUCAUCAACCUUAAUCCUUCUUUGUGCUGUCUCUGAUAUUCCACACAAUUUUCAUUGGCCCUGAAAAUAUUCUUAAUCAUUUUUGUUAUCUGCAGAUGACUGUCAGUGGAAUGUGUGUCUUUUUUCCCAGAUGAAAGAAUAUGUAAAAUAAUACUGUUUCAGCACAAAUUCAUAGGGCACUCUACUGCUAAUAUUUGUCAAGUUGAAAACUGACCAUCCUCAUGAUUUGCCUCUUUGGUAUUACUUUUAACACAGAUUCCUUAAUAGUUUUGAGUGAAAGAUUUGCUCAGAACCUUCUGAAGAGUCCAGUUAAAAAGAUACACUUUUUUACAAUAUGGGGCUUUGAGACAGAAUUCUCAUUUAUUUUAGAUGCAUGGUUUUAAAAAUGUUAUACUGCUUUGCUGUUUAUCAGUCUUUUGUUGCUGUUUAGUUUUUUAACAAUUUCAACCCACUUGUCUACUCCCUGAAGUAAAAAUCACUGGGCUGUAAUAGAUCUGAUCACACCUGGUAUGACUUUCCCCUGAAAUGAGGUACCUUAUAGUUAUAUUUUAUUUCUCCUUUUGAAGGCUUUAAAUCUGAGAGAUGAAUGGAUGCUGAGCCUUAUAAUUGCAAAUAAAUAGAGUUAGAAAAUACUCAUUUUGAUUAGUUUACCCAGUGUUGAAAGUGAUAUGUAAGUGUGACAGUAGCUAGAUGUGAAUGGAUAUCAAAACACCUUACUGAUCUGGGCACUUUCUUCUCUCCCUCAUUACAAAUGGAGGAGUGGGUACCUCGCUCCCUGGCAAAGGUCACAGCAGAACUCUGUGUUUCUCAUUGAGAUUGGCCCUUAGGGCAGACUUGCUCAUCAGGAAUAAUGAUUGAUUUUAGCAGCUCUGAGCCGAUUGCUGUUUUGUAUUACAAGUAAAGAGAAAGCAGAUCAAAAUUCUGAAGAUAGAUUUUUGAAAAGGAGAUGAAGAUUAAAAGUAGAGAUUUUAUUUUGUUGUAUAA